ACAUAUGUACAUAUAUCAUAUAUAUGGGACGUUCUAUGUAUGCUCAUUCCAUUUGCAGAUAAAAAUCUUAUAACAAAAAAUCAUCGAAUCACAAUUUUGUACGGAAUAACCCAAAAGUUUGCACAAACAAUAAAAUGCAUACUUGCGAGUAUUCGUAUGGAUCUUACUGGUGCCAUACGUGUAGUAAUAGUCGAUUGUGACGAAAGAAAUCCCCGGCGGCGCUGAUAAGAAAUAUUUUUACGUUGAAUGAAUAACUCAAGUGGGAGAUCACUCUGACGAUCAAUUAUCUCUUCAUAUAAAAGCUGCACGGAAUAACUGAAUGAUCGCCAGACACAAUUCGAACGUCACAGCAAAUAGCAGCUCUCGCAACUGCAGAAAAUAGCAUUUUAAUACACGAAUAACACAAAGAAAUAAACAUAUUCGAAAUGAAUUUCAACAAAGUAUUGGUUCUCCUCGCUGUCAUCUUUGCCGUUUUCGCUGGACAAACCGAGGCAGGUUGGCUGAAGAAGAUUGGCAAGAAAAUUGAGCGCGUCGGCCAACAUACACGAGAUGCCACAAUCCAGACCAUCGGUGUGGCCCAACAGGCUGCCAAUGUUGCUGCAACGCUGAAGGGAUAAACUUGUUUUAUUUAUAUUAGCUGAUAAAACAUAUAAAUGUAAAUGUAGAUUAAGUGAUUAAUUUAUUUAUUUCAGACUGUUUGAUAUUAAAGCAAAACUUUUGCACGA